ACUGGGAGAUCUACGAUGCGGCGAGAGAUAAAAUGGUUGUGUUCUUCGAUGUGAGAUACCUCGUUGAUAGGGUCAUGUUUGGCAUGUGGCGGACGGCCUGCAACUAUCUCAUCCGCUUCGUUCACCCGACCUCAACGAAGAGCUACGAAAGCUGGCUCCUCCUGGGGUUCCUCCAGGAACUCAGGGUCCUCAACGGCUUCGCCGACGGCCAAUGGAGGAUACCAUCCUCGAUCUGCCACCGGUUCGCACGCAUCUACAAGGACAAGAAACCUAUGCUCGCUGCGUACCCUUGCUUCACCACCCUUGUUGAGGACGUCCUCUUCCUGCGCAUAGAUCAUGCCAGGGACUACGUGGAAUGGAAAGUAGUCCAGGACAAGGCGGCGGAGAUGGUAAAAAAGAUGGCCUACAAGGUGCCCGAGCUUAAGAACAAGCUGCAUGUCCCUCGCGGCCCGAACAACCUGUACCACGUCGUGUCCAUUGGAUCCAGCUCUCAUCGAAGGCGUGUCGUGAAGAACUUAGGCCGGCAACAAGGAACCGACAUUGCUCGAGUCUAUCUUCAGCUGAAGAAGAGACUGCCUUCUUCAAGUCAGGGUGAAAGUAAUGGUUUCUCAGCGAGUGAAUUAGAGGAGACACUGAUUGCACUACUUGAGAAAGCUUUGCAAGCUGGUAGGUGUUACCAUCACCCUCAAUUCCCUCUCCACCAAGGAGAAGGUUUCCCGCUCCUGCAGAUGCUAGAUAGGGAGAAGGUACAUUUGACUCCAUUAUCGAUCAACCCCCAUGCUGAAAAUUCAUCCAAACAAGGUGUUCCGCCCAUGCAGAUGCUAGCUAAGCCUCCAUUCUUGGUCAAACCCCUGAGAGGCCAAGUACGUCAACUCGAACAUUCACCCAAGCAAGAUGUACUGCAGAGUUCUGCUGCUGUGGCCUUUUCAGAAACUAAGUCAGCCAUGAAGCUUAUGAGCUCUCAGGAGUCUCAACAAGAUGCUGCUCGUCUAGGGACCAGGGAUCUCUCAGAAUAAGCUAGCUUCGCUUUGCAAGUGCUACCAGGGGGACUUCUAAGUCGCCUAGAACACUCGUUUGUCUUGUUAUUGAGCUACUCUAUUAUUCAACGCACUUUUAAGUCAUAUAUCUUAUUUUUGUUUGACUGUUC